GCCGAUAAGCUCGAUCAGCAGCGGGCCACUCAGACCUGGGAUGAACACGCAGCACCAGCACGGCCAGCGUGUUAGCAUUAGCGGUGAUGCUUUUCCCAAUGUCUAGAUAACGCAACAAAAUGACGGACUACGCCGAGGAGCAGAGGAAUGAGCUGGAGGCUAUAGAGUCGAUCUACCCAGACUCUUUCACAGUGCUGUCAGAGGUGCCCACCAGCUUCACUAUCACUGUAACGUCAGACGCUGGAGAGAAUGAUGAAAUGGUGGAAGCAACAUUAAAGUUCACCUACGUAGAGAAAUACCCAGAUGAGCCACCGCUUUGGGAGAUCUAUUCCCAGGAGAAUCUGGAGGACUCUGACGCAGAGGACAUUCUCAGCUUACUGCAGCAACAGGCAGACGAGAACCUGGGCAUGGUGAUGAUUUUCACCCUGGUGACAGCCGUUCAGGAGAAACUGAAUGAGAUUGUUGACCAGAUCAAAAACAGACGAGAGGAAGAGAAACGGCGGAAAGAAAAGGAGGCAGAAGAGGCUGAGAAGGUGGCUUUCCAAGGCACUGUGGUAACCAUCGAAAACUUCCUGGCAUGGAAAGCCAAGUUUGAACUGGAGAUGGCCGAGCUGAGGAGGAAAAAACAGAAAGAGGAGGAGCAGGCAGGAAAACACAAACUCACCGGUAAACAGCUGUUUGAGACGGACCACAACCUCGACACGUCUGACAUUCAGUUCCUUGAAGACGCUGGAAACAACGUUGAAGUGGACGAGUCUCUGUUCCAAGACAUCGACGACCUGGAUUUGGACGAGGACGACCCAGACUUUGACCCUUUAGAAAUGGGCAGCGAUGAGGACUAAAGCAGAGCAGGACAGAGGACUGACAGGAGGAAGCCUGCUCGCCUAGCAACCGGAAUAUGAAUAUACGCAGUCAUGUCCGAAAAAACCAACCACCACAUUUAUUUUUGAAAGACUUUAAUCAGUGGUUGGGGUGCAGAUCUUCAUAAAAGCGGUCUAAGGGAAUGUAAACACCAAUAGUUGUUCAUUUCUAACCUGAAGCAAUUAAAUAUGACAGAUUGAUAUCCUG